UCAGCACAGUGAAGUUCCGUUUCUUGUGAAAUUGUUAGUCUCUCUGUCUCGCAGCAGCAAUAAUGGCUUCAAACUUGUGGUCAGAAGAUCAGUUUAGAUGUUCAGUGUGUCUGGAUUUACUGAAGGACCCAGUCGCUAUUCCAUGUGGACACAGUUACUGUAUUGGGUGUAUUAAAAACUGCUGGGAUCAGACUGAUCAUACAGGUGUCUAUAGCUGCCCCCAGUGCAGAGAGACCUUUACCCCAAGGCCUAUUCUGCGCAGAAACACCAUGCUGGCUGAAGUUGUGGAGAAAUUAAAGAAGACAGGAUUCAAUCCUCCUCCUGCUCAAAGUUAUGCUGGACCUGGAGAUGUGCUGUGUGAUUUUUGCACUGGGAGAAAGUUCAAAGCUGUGAAAUCCUGUUUGACGUGCCUGGCCUCUUACUGCGAAACACACAUCAAGCCACACAGUGAGGUUACUCCAUUAAAGAGGCACAAGCUGAUCAAUGCAACUGGAAAUCUGGAGCAGAAGCUUUGUACUGAACACCAAAAGGUUUUGGAGGUCUUCUGUAGAACUGAUCAGACGUGUAUUUGCAUGUUGUGUACACAAGAUGAACACAAGAGCCAUGAUACAGUCUCAGCUAAGAAAGAAAGGACUGAGAAACAUAAGCAGCUGGGAGAGAUACAGACAGAAAUACAACAGAGAAUCCAGGAGAAACUGAAAGAAGUGGAGAAGCUGAAACAGGCUGUGGAGUCACUGAAGAGAUCUGCAUGCAUAGAAAUAAAGGAAAGUGAGAAGAUCUUUACUGAGCUGAUCCGAUCCAUUAAGAAGAUCCAAACUGAUGUUAUUGAGCUGAUUGGAGCUAACGAGAAGGCUGCAGUGAAUCAGGCUGAAGGACGCAUGAAGAAACUGGAGCAGGAGAUUGCUGAGCUAAGGAGGAGAAACACUGCGCUGAAACAGCUUUCAGAGACAGAGGAUCACAUCCAUUUUCUACAGAAUUUCCAAUCUCUCUGUGCCCCUCCUGAAGCUGGAGACUUACCCAGCAUUAGUGUCAACACAGACAUCUCUUUUGGGGCCGUGAGGAAAGCUCUUUCUGAACUUAAACACUUUAUUGAGGACUUCUGCAAGAGGGAAUUAGUCCAAAUAACCUCAACAGUUGAUGUGACUCUGGACCCUGAUACAGCAUACCCCACGCUCAUCCUGUCUGCAAAGGGGAAAAAAGUUAGAUGGGGAGUGACACGGCAGAAUGUCCCUGACAAUCCAAAGAGAUUUAAUGGCUGGUCCUGUGUGCUGGGCAGGGAGGGCUUCACCUCAGGGAGACGCUACUGGCAGGUGCUGGUGGGGGGGAAUACAGGGUGGGUGUUAGGAGUCAGCAGAGAGUCUGCCCCGAGGAAGGGGAGGUUCAGCAUGACUCCCCAGCAGGGUUACUGGACUGUGAGGAUGUGUGGAGGUGAGUUCACUGCUGUCACUGACCCCGAAACCCCUGUCUCCCUGAGGCUGAAGCCCCAGAAGCUGGGGGUGUAUCUGGAUUAUGAGGAAGGGCAGCUUUCCUUUUACAAUGUGGAGAGCAGAUCUCACAUCUACAGUUUCACUGACAUGGAGUUCAAUCCCAAUGAGAAACUGUAUCCAUUCUUCUGGACUUGGGACAGUGAUACAGACCUUGUGCUGGAGUCCCCUGAUCCUGACCCUGUCAGCACUGCAAAUUAAACACACAUUGCUGUCUGAACCAGGAAACUAUUCAAACAGCUGAGAAUCUCAUCUUCACUUUCACUGACACUCUCUCUGCACUCUUUUGGGCUGGUGAGAAGAAAUCCUCUCUCUUCCACCCUCUUACCCUGAGCCCCUCCUCUUUAUUUCUCUACAAUUGCUUUCCUACUUUCCCUUCCUGUCUGUCUGCCUCUCUCUUUCACUCCACCUCCUGAUCCCUCCCCUUCUCUCUCGUCUGUUCUCCUCUCUCCAUCUCCAGAUCCCUCUCCUCUGAUAUGUUAUCCUUACUACUCUUCACUCUCUCCUCUUUCUGUCCCCUCUGACUCUCUCCUCUAUUCUCCCCCUCUCCUCUCUUCUUUCUGCUAUGUUAAUACUCUCUCUCUCUCUUCUGUCAUAUCUACUCUCCCUCUCCAUUGGCUCUCCUUUUUACUUUUCUCUCCCUCUCUUCUCCCCUCUGAUAUGUUAUCUUUAUUUAAUACUCUCCAGCCCCCCUCUCUGUUUCUCUCAUCUCCCCCUCUCUUCUCUAACUGCCCUAUGGCUCUCAUCUCUCUCCCUUCCCUCUAAUAUGUUAAUCCUCUCCCUUUCCCACUCCCUCUC